AUGCCAGGUGAAGAAGACAAGUCCGCAGUGGAUCGGAACCUUGAUAGCGCUUACAUUAGUUUGUCUUUCGUGGAGUACGUCACUCUUUCAGGCUUGGAAAGAGUGGACCGAAAAAAGGCGGGGUGAAUUUCGCGCAUACAAUUAGGGCGUAGGCGGGACAAGCUUGAAGAAGGUGGACUAUGAGGACGUGACUGUAGGCUCAAGAUUACGUGAAGAAUGCGCGAAAUUUCCAGCUGUCAAGCUGUCUGCAGUGCAAGGCACGAUUUUUCUGGCACACGGUCUGAAUGAUGUGAAUGCGAUGGAAUGCGAUGAUGAUCGUGGUGAAGAAGAAAGAGAAGACGCUAGUCAAGCAUCGUACAUGAAGCUAAGAUGAUGCGCGUGUCACGUGACAAAUGAAGCAUUGAUAAUUGUGAGCGGACAGCUACAGCGAAAGAGAAGACUUGUAUCAAAAAACAAAACAAAAAAAUGUGAAUGCCCAUGCGAUUUCCACGUACCGCAACAUGACUUGUAAACUCGACAGAGCAUCCUACGCACGGGACAUGAGCUUAGCUCCACAUCUCGAACGCGCACUGUACGUACGCUUGCCUGGAGAAUUCAGCGCUCAAAUAGGGGAGGGGCAGGCUGUUCAUCAACUGGCUCUCACUGCCAUCACUCGCAGCGGACGCUCUCCAGAUGCUCUUCAUCAAAGUUCUACGCAUGGAAUUGGUUCACGGCCAUAGCUUCUUGCAAAAGCUUGAAGGUCCCAACCGGUGUAGGAGGUGCUCAUGAGGCUACGUGACCUCGCAUGUGUUGAACCACGUGAUCUAUCUCACCUGCAUAUCCAUGCAUAUGUAAACACCACCACUAUAGUUGCACUCUCUCUCUUUAAUACAUCCAUCCAUUCGUGACCUAGCGUGAGCUUCAUCAGGUUAUGAGCCCAAGCGUGAACUCUACAAGUUCCCUACCUGCCUGAAGACUCUGAGGUCACACUCUCCUACGCCUCUCCCGCAAGCGCGUGCCCCAUUCUGGGUGUGCGCGCUUACCCGCAUCCAAUAGUCCCUCCACCAACACUCCAUCCCACUGCCCCAUCGAGUCACCACUUCAUUUGCCGCACAACGAGCUUUGGUAUACCAAACUCCUCGUAAGUGUCCGGGAACGCCGUGCGUCCUCUCCAUCCACCUCGUUGCACGCCAGUGUCCAAGAGGUGGCAAUUCCAUCCACUACCGCCGUCGUCUGGUGCCGCACCUAGGUGUCCGGGCUGUCAAGCUUAUCCAGGAUUAGGACUACGCAUCCAUCGCACACUCCGCACCUGCCGCACUCUCAAGUGUCCGGAGGCUGACUUUGUCCAACUUGCACCUCUCUCCUACUCUCAGACUCCCUCUUGCCUUUGCGCUGACACCAUGAAUCUCGACCUGGAGUACGUCACCUCCGCCAGCGAAGCGGCGGCAGGGUCCAGCUCGUCUUGGCGCCUCCCCAAGCUCACCAACAACUAUGCCAACUGGGCCAGACUUGUCAGGUUUGCGCUAGUCGACAAGCAACUCUGGGGCUUCAUUGAUGGAACAGAGAAGUUCCCUGAUCGGGACACGUGCACAGUCUCAGAAAGUGUUCCGGCCGCAGAAGUCAGGGACGAGCAAGGCGAAGUUAUCAACAAAGGCGAGAAGAACAGGCUAGUGCGCAAGCCAAACCCAGAUGAGCUGGCCUUAAUCGUGCUCAAGUGGAGGAAGGACGACAACCAUGUCCGCCAUAUCCUUGCCACAACGCUCUCCGGCUCUGACCUUGCUGCCGCCACUGACACUGAAACGGCUCGCCAGCUAUGGGACGUCAUCAAGGCACGCCACCAAGGUGCAGGACUCCUCAUCCAAGUGCGCGCUAAGGCAAACUUCUACAAGUCAGAACGCGCGCGAUCCAAAAAGCUUGACACUUAUGUUGACAGGGUGCACGAGGACUACCGCCAGUUGGUCUCCAUGGGUGUCAACGUCAAAGACGAGGACUGUAUUGCUGUGCUUAUCAGCGGGAUGGGUGACGAAUAUCGAUCCCUUAUUCAAGCAUUCAACUCGCGACGCCUCGAGGACCUAAAGCUGGUCGAUGUCGAGGCCCUGCUCCGCGACCAGGCUGGCCUUGACGCCCACCACAAGAAGACACUGACCAACGACCUCGUUCUAGCGGCGACAGAUGGCAACGCCGAUCAUAGGCCAAAAUGCACUCAUUGCCGCCGAACUGGACACACAGUCAAAAGGUGCUUCCUCAAAUUUCCUGAGCUACGCCCAGCGGGCAAGCGUAAAGAGCCUCCUACGCCAACUGCUACAACAACUGCAGCGGAAAUGCGCCAACCCACCCGAUUUGGCAUGGCAUUCAGCGCCCAGGUACCGCAGGAGGAUUUUGGGGACGGAUCGGCAACGGAGGAUACUACCGAUCCAGUCGAGUUCUCGUUCCUCAACAUCGUCUGCGCACCCACCGUGUCCUCACCAUCAAAGGUGGCUCAAACCAGGAUAGCCUGCGUUGACUCUGGAGCCACAUCACACGUAUGCAACAAAGAAAGUAUGCUACACAACAUUAGGCCCCUGAAAUCGCCCCACCCAGUUGUGGUUGGUGAUGGUGCAGUCGUCAACGUAGGAUAUGUCGGCACCCUGUUUCUACGCCCCUGGAUAUCAGACGAAGUCUUGGAGGUCCGCAAUGUGCUGUACGACGCUAGGUUCAGUGGCACCCUACUCAGCCACGGCCUCAUUGGCGACGCAGGAUUUGAAAUCCGGACCUACAGUGAUGAAUGCCGCAUCUACACCGACUCGCGACACGGCAGGUCUUCUCGCUUGGUUAUCACUGGUGUCCGGGAGAAAAGCGGCGACCGUCUGUACUACCUGGACGCUGACAUCGUGCCACCACCACAGCCUUCCAUGCUCAAUGCAACGAUGGACCAGGACACAAAUACCGCCCUUUGGCAUGCCCGCGUAGGCCACCUUGGCCCUGAAACAAUGCGACGCUUCACCUCUGUCAACGACAACUGCAACAUGAGCUACACUCCCAGCCAAAUCCCCUGCAACAUAUGCCAGGACGCCAAAAACAUUCGCCUACCGUUUGGGAAGGAAGGCCUGGGUCGCAAAGAGGCUGUCCUUGAACGUGUGCACUGCGAUCUGGGUUCCAUCAAUGAAAGGUCCCAAGGGGGGGCGGAAUACUUCCUGGUGAUUGUCGACUGUUUCUCCCGCUACGUCCACACAGCCUAUCUCCGCCACAAGUCGGAAGCCCUACAGGCAUUCAAGGACUGGCACCUUCAGACAGAAACCAAGCUCAACGCAAAACUCAAGGUGUUCCAUUCCGACAACGGAGGUGAAUUCAUCAGUGACGACUUCAUCCAAUACCUCAGCGAGCACGGUAUUGAAAGGUCACGUUCGCCACCACGUCAGCCACAGCUCAAUGGAGUUGCUGAACGUUCGAUUCGUACCAUCAAGCUUCGCACAUCGUGCUUGAUGCACAACAAAGGUGUUGGAGACCAUCUGUGAGCAGAGGCAAUGAAUACGGCAACGCUACUCACCAAUAUUGCACCGUCCAAACGCCUGGGGUGGAAAUCACCCUGGCUCCUAUGGACCGGCAGGAACUUUGACGCAAGCAGGCUCCGUGUUUGGGGCUGUCGCGCUUCGGUGCUGGAUGAUCAACCUGGAAGAUCCUUCACAUUGGCACCGCCAGGCCUCGCAGCGGUCUUUGUGGGCUACGCGCCGUCGCACCACGCCUACCGGUUCUGGAUUCCAAGCCAACGCAAGAUUAUUAUCUCCAGAAACGCGACGUUCAACGAGUUUGUUGUGCCAGAUGCAGUCCCGCUCAUCACUGGUACGCCAUCGAUUCCCCAGCCAAUUCCCAAGCGGCCUGCGGAUGACGGCGCUGCAAGCAGCGAUGACGAAGAAAUCCUGGAGGUGCGGCGCGAGGAUGAUAACGGCAAUGUCCAAUCCGUUGACUUCCACAACGACAAGCCACCUAAUCCUCCACCACCUGCUCGGCCUUCUCGUCAAAUCAGACCCCCAGCAUGGACACGCAACUACGUACCGUCUGCGGCGCGCACGUUGGUAGACAUUGAUCGCGUAAAUGCCAUAGGCGAUGUGUUGGUCCCAAAGACCUACGAAGAAGCGCUCCGCUCCCCACAACGAGAAGAGUGGGUUCAGGCUAUGGAUAACGAGGUCCAAUCCCUUAUCGACGGUCAAGUGUUUACAUCUGAAACGGACCAUCCUGACGCGCGCAUCACCGGCACCAAGUGGGUCUACGCUCUGAAAAUUGGAGAACACGGCGAGAUUUUACGAUUCAAAGCCAGAGUGGUUGCAAAGGGAUACCUUCAAACCGAGGGGGUGGAUCGAUUACGAUGA